AUGAUUUCGGCUCUGACACGCACUGACUCAUGGAGCUCCACACUCCACAGCCUCCACAAAUGGGCGAUUCCGGACUUUUACGACAAGAUGCCCUAUGACCACACCAACUCUUGGAUCAUUGCCGCGCCCAUGCCCUUCAUCCUCCUUCAGAUUCAUCUGCUCAUACGUUACGAUCCGAAGACGACCUUGCUUCUGAGAGCCUCACUCAUCCCGAUCGUUGUUCUGCUCUCCCUGAGAUCGACCUUCGCCUACUACUACAAGCUGACUGGCCAAGGUCAGCUCGACGGUCGUGGCCAGCAUGUCAACAUCACCCUUGGUUGCGGUGCCUUCUGCAUUAUCAUCUGGUCACUCGGUUGGGGCUUGACCCUGCAGCCUCCUCGCCUCAAAGUCGCUCCCAGCACUACUAACGGAACUAAGAACCGUCUACACAAUCGCCAGCUCAGCAAGGGCAAGGCGAAAGCAGAAUCGGACCUGCCUACUUUCUUCCCGGGGACAAAGAUGCCUGUCGAGCUUGACCUUCUGCUCAAUCUCCGAGGCAUUGGCUGGGAGUAUGGCAUCAAACAAGGCGCACCAGCCCUGCCUGUCCCUCAAGUCACUAUCCAGCAGCGCUUGUCUUGGAUUGUUCGCCACCUCGCUGAAGUACCCGUGUACUACCUCCUCUACGAUGCCAUCUUGAUUCUCGUUGAAGACCAACGCUUCAACCCUCAUGCACAUACACGAUAUGGCGGCAGCAUCUGGGACUGUCGCAAGGGCUCUUUUGGAGCGGCAGGACCUUACCUGAUCUGUGCGGCCUACGCUUCGUCCUUCAUCUGCGUUCAGGCUAUGAUGCACGCAGUCCUCGGAGCCAUCUCUAUCGGCUUUCUUAACGACCUACCCUCAAGGUGGGAUCCUCAAGCAGUCCAGGUACCAUGGCUAUCCACGUCCGUACACCAGCUCUGGGGCAAGCGGUGGCAUCAGUAUCUUAGGGUCACAUUCAUGACUUUAGGGUUCUGGCCUGUUCGAGAUACAUUGAAGCCUAUCGCUGGUCGCAGGGUGGCUAACAUUGCAGGUAUCUGGGGCACUUUCCUCGCCUCGUCCUUUGUCCAUGAGUUCGGAAGGGUGAAUUUAGCACCGAAACCUGGCUUCUGUGUCACGCAUGUCUCGCUCUUCUUCGCCAUCCAGCCGAUUGCUAUCUUUGCUGAGCAAGGGUGGGAAAAGGUCACAGGUCGUAAAGUCAGAGGCCUGCUGGGAUGGCUCUGGACUAUGACAUGGAUGUUGUCCACUUCGCCUUUGCUGAUGGAGAUGAUGAACCGGGAUGGCAUGCUAGCAUCCAAGAAUAUGACGCUUGCUGUGACCAAGCGACCCGUCACCUUGAUGCUAGAUUGGUGGGACAACGUGGUCAGAGGCUUGUAA